CAUUAGAACUAUUUUUACAACUUGAACUUGUAAUUUUAAAUUUCAACCAGAUACAGCCUAAUUUCGAGUCUAUUGUGUUUGAAGUUUGAAUUGGCCAAGUGUGGUACCGUGUCAUCAAGAGGAAGAGAAUGAGCAGAGGUAUCGACAACAACAGGAGGAAGAAGAAGACGGAAGACGACGAGGUUGAAGAGCUGCUGCGCGCGGCAGAGGAUGAUGUGUUCCUCAAGCUCAGCCUCAAUUCCCAUAUGGCUCGUGGUUCUUCUUCCACCCAAUUCAUCGAUCCAGAUCUCGAUCAACGUUUCCGUGCCCUCAAAUCCAAAACCAAAAACCCUAUUCCCCAACAACCACGUUCAACCUCUACAGCUUCCGAUGUUAACUUGUUUCCCAGAUUUGCAGCUCUCAAAAGCUCCCUUCCCGCUUAUUCUUCGGAGAAUGAAGAGGAUGACGAUGAAGUUGAGAAGGUGAUUAAGUGGGCCAUUGAUGCUGCUAGGCUUGACCCUUCACCUCCCUCUGACACUGAUGAAGAUGAAAAUAGUGAGGAUGAUGUCAGGCAUAUAAGCGGAAAUGAUUUAUGAGUGUAUGUGUGGUAUUUUUUUUCACCUGGUGUGGUUGCCUCAUAUAUUUGAUACUUACAAAGUUUUUGUAAUGAAUACAUUAGAAGUUCUGUUAUUUCUUCUAAUUGAUGAAUUGUGCUUGGAUGUUUAGAUUUGAUAUUGGUAAGAGCUUGUAUCUAUUGUCAUUCU